AUGAGUUGGUAUUGCUGUUGCUGCAGCAAUGGCUGCAAUUGCAGCGGCAACCGCAAUGACAGCAACAGCGACAACAGGAGCAGAUACGACAAUCAGCAGAAGCAGCAUCAGCGACAGGUGCAGGUGCAGCUGCAACAACAACAACAAAAACAAUUGCCGCAACUGAGAGAGGAGCUGCUCCCUCAGCAGCAACGAGGUCACCGACUGAGGGAGGAGCCCCUCCCUCAGGAGCAAGAGAUGCAGGUGAAGGAAGAGCAGGCGAAGCCACCGCGAACUGAAGCCGGCUCAUCCAUCCCGGACACAGCAAAACUGGAAUCCUCCACACAACCGCAACAGGUCAAACCUGCAGCGAGUUUUUGGGACCCAUCAGAAGAAGUCAAAGAGGUGGAAGAGCUACACCUCGGUGCGUCCUCAGUGUCCAAUGAAAUAUUUGACCGAGGUGGACAAAUCGAGGUGGAUAGCAUCCUGUGCUUUAGUCCCCUUCUCGAAAUGAAGCAAGAGGAAGUGUGGAAGAAAAAGGAGAUAGACCAGAUGCCUCACAGCUUGAAUAACAAUGACGUGGACGCAACACUCCACCCGGAUCACCAACAUCAAAGGACAACAUCACAUCAACCAUCGGAUACGGAUGAUCCAAGGAUCCCAGUUCCUCAGUUGGAUACGUCAGACCCACUCGGCCUGUUGAUGGCCACAGAAGAAAUGAUAGGCUUAUUUUUUAAAUAA